UUCGGGAAUCCUCGCUCCCCAAGGCCCCAGCAGCGGGCAGCAACAACCUCCGUCUCCCCGUCCUGGCGUCCUCCCUCCCUGCGGCCUCCUCCUCGCAUCCGGCGCCCGGCUCUUCUCCUCCGUCAUGAUGGACCUGGAUCCUCGUCUCUACGAGAACGUCUCUGUCAGCGACAACGAUGUCCGAAACAUUGUGCUAUCUUAUCUUAUGCACAACUGUUUUAAAGAGACGGCAGAGACAUUCCUAUCCAGCACCGGGUUGAAGUUACCUAUUGACUAUAGUGUGAAUGUGGAUAAGCGUAAAGCAAUUUUUAAUUUUGUGCUAGAAGGGAAUGCCCUGAAGGCCAUAGAGCUGACAGAAGAACUGGCACCUAACUUGCUGGAGAAUGAUAUGGAUCUACAUUUUGAUCUUUUAAGUCUUCACUUCAUCGAGCUAGUUCGUUCCAGAAAAUGCACAGAAGCUCUCGAGUUUGGCCAGAAAAAAUUGACGUCGUUCGGGAAGGUUCCCAAGUACGUUGAGAAACUAGAGGACUUUAUGGCCCUCCUGGCUUAUGAAGAACCUGAGAAGUCACCUAUGUUUCAUCUACUAAGCCCAGAGUAUAGGCAGAAUGUUGCAGAUAGCUUGAAUCGGGCUGUCCUUGCACAUGCUAAUCUGCCAGCAUAUUCAUCACUGGAGAGAGUGGUGCAGCAAGCAACUGUGGUUAGACAAUACCUACAGCAGGAAGUUGGCAAGGAUUCUUACCCACCAUUUUCUUUGAAGGCCUUUCUGAGCAAGUAAAGGCGCAACUGGUCAAUUCUUCAGAAAGAGUACCACCUCUCCAGGCCAUUGUGAUUUUGUGAGGGCCCUACAGAGUGCAUAGACAAUGAAGCACUUAUACAAUUCACAGAACAGUCUUCUUGACAAAUGGUGUGGUACUUUGAAUGAGGGAUGCUGUAUGUGUUCCGUUUCCUUCGUUUACAAUCUGUUUCCUGUGUCCCCGCCUUAGACUGUUAGACAUAGCGAAAGCAUGUACAUAUGACCCGUUGAGCUAUUCUGUGCGUUCGUUCUGGAAGUUCGGUUUGAGCAGGUUUGUUGUGGACUAUGGGUGUAAUUGGUUGCCUUGCCGCAUAUUCAAGCAGUGGAGGGGCCAGUGGUAGGCUGAAGCUGAACGGAUGCCGAAGGGUUGUUUGGUUGCCUGUGUGAGGACAUACAUGAAAAUAACUGUGCAACGAAAGUAAUAAAACUGUGUUAACUUUUUUUUGUAAUA